AUGGCCCAGGCCUCAGGAAGGGCUGAGCACGCGCACGGGUCGGCCAAGGUCCCGCCAGCCUCUCCUGCAGGGCUGGGCAGAUUCCAGCCGGGAGCCGGCGGAAGAGCCGUCGUGCCCGUCCGUGUCGGCGGGACCGGGCCAGGUGGGCCGGGGUCUGGCUCCACGGCGGCUCGCCCCGUGCUGCGGGGGCCCGCGGCCACGGCUGGCCUCCCUUGCGAUCGACUGAUCGGCAGAAAAGGUGUGCCGCCUUGGGAGGCCGACGCCGCGGAGGACGACGGCGCCCGGGCCAACGGCGGCGGGGGCGCCGGGCCCAGGAACGGGCCCUCGGCCCCCGGCUCCCCGGGCGCGGCCCCCGCCCCGCCGGGCGCGGCCGCCUCCCGGUUCCGGGUGGUGAAGCUGGACCAGGGCCCGGGAGAGCCGUACCGACGCGGGCGCUGGACUUGCCGGGACUUCUACGAGCAGGAGGCGGAGCACCCGCCGGCGGGGCGGCUGGCGGACUCGGCGCGGCACCCGCAGUCCCUGGACUCGCGGCUGGAGGCGGCCGGGCUGCUGGUGCGGCCGCCCAGCCCCUUCAGCCCGCAGCCCGGCCGCCGGGGCGCCGGCCUGCAGGCCCACCUGGUGCUGCCGGGCCCCGGGGCCCCCGGGCACCAGGCCCGCUCCCUCGGGGGCGGCCUGCCCGCGCUCCUCCGCCCCCACCGGACUCCCCCCAGCCCCGUGUCCCUGCGGAGCCCCCUGGCGGCGGCUGAGGCGCCCCUGCUCGCCGGCGGGGACGGCGCGAAGGACUCUGGCGAGCCCGGCCCCGGCCCCGGGCCCGGCCCGGCCCGGCCGGCGGAGGAGCUCCUGCUGCCCAAGAGCGUCGCGCAGCUGAUGCACCGCGGGACGGAGGAGCGCCGCAGGGGCCCGACGAGGGAAUCCCGCUCGCGCCCCUCCUCGCCGGCCCCCCCGCUGUUCCGGGACGGGAGCCCCAGCCGGAGAACGUCGGACCCUUUCGGGGCCGCCCGCCUCAGCCUGGCACGGUCCGUGCUGGGCAUGGGGGCCGCCCACGACAGCGACGACGAGAGCGGGACCAGCAGCAGCAGCAUGAUCGCCAUCGACAACAAGAUAGAGCAGGCCAUGGACCUGGUGAAGAGCCACCUGAUGUUUGCCGUGCGCGAGGAGGUGGAAGUCCUGCGGGAGCAGAUCAAGGAGCUGACGGAGCGCAACGCCCUGCUGGAGCGGGAGAACGCGGUGCUGCGCUCGCUGGCCAACGGGGAGCAGCCCGCGCGCCCCCAGGCCCGGCCCCCGCCCGCCCGGCCCCCCCCCCAGCGGCACCGCCUGACCCUCCGGGGGCCGGGGGCCGAAGGACACGGGGGGCUCGCCGGGGGAUUCCCACAGAUGUGAACCGCUGGCAGCUCGGCGCCGGCGUCGCUGGAGGGGGCGUGGAUGAGUGCGUGCAUGAAACCAGCCUUUGGGGGGGCGGGGGGUGGGGGGAGAAGGGGUCUACUAACCACAGCAUGUGCCUUUAGCUGGUGGAAUCACAGCCUGGUUUUACCCCCCAGCUCUGGGUGUCGCGGGAGCUUUUGUGGAGGAUGCGCCGCGGUCGGGGAGGGGGCUUUGUCGGGGCUUGUGGAGCGGCUGCGCGCAGGUGGGGGGCCCCCACGUCCCCAGCGGCCGGGCUGAGCACCCCGGGGGCUCUCUGGGAAGGGGCGGCGCUCGAGGUGCCCCGGCACGAGUGGGGAGCGGGGGCGCAGGCAGGGGCAGACGGAGCUGGCAACCAUUUUAUAUUGAGGACACUUUUGCAGUAUUUCAGGUCAUUAAAGUACGAAAUGGCUGCGGCC